GCCAGUUUUCUCCUCCGCCUCCUCCGCGCGCGCGCGCGCUCUAAACCUCUCGGUACGAGGAGAUUAUUAAUUGGCGCUCGGUUCCUAGUGGCGUACAGUAUGACGGGUUGAGUCAAAGGCCAGAGCCUCUAACCCUAACCCCCCGCGCUCACUCCUUGUCACGUAUCCAACCGCCAUUGAUCCUCUGUCGACCUUCGCAAUUUCACAUUUACUCGUCGAAUUACCGGCCUCACCUCCAAUCUCAAGCAAUGCUGUCUUUCCUGCGUGCUCCUUUGCCUCCCAGGACCAAUCGGGCUGGCGAAAAUCCCAUCAUCUACGAGGAUGGUGCUUCGUCGCUCGAGUUUCGCACGUCGUCAACAUCUAAUUACCUGCUGAGAAACAAACAUCCUCCUUUUAACAAGGACAGUCCUUCUAUUAUGGUGCCUCCCUUUCAUUACCACAUCCACCAGACCGAGCACUUCCGCAUAGUCUCAGGCACAUGCAAUCUCUUCAAAGAUACCGCCGACCAACCUUGGAAGACGCUCUCCGCGGAAGCCCCCGAUGGCCUCAAGACAGCCUUCGUUCCGCCAAAGCAAUAUCACACCAUCAAAAAUGCGUCCACCACUGCACCGCUUGUUCUGGACGUUUCACUCACACCUGAAGAUGUUGAAGGCGAGGAACGCUUCUUCCGGAACUUCUUUGGUUACCUGGAUGACUGCAGAAAGGCUGGUCAGAAACCAAGUCUCUUCCAAUUAAUGGUGUUCUUGCAGAACAGCGAUACCCCGCUAGGCUUGCCUAUUGCUCCCAAAGGGUUAGGGCUCGUCGCUAGCAAUGUCUUUAUGCAUGGGAUGGGCUUUUUUGGGAGAUGGGUUUUGGGAUAUAAGCCAACGUACGAGGACUACUAUGUUGAAAAGAAGACUCUGUGAGACGGGCAUUGUAUUUCGUCCAAGGCCAUCAAUUGA